AUGCAGCCAGGUCGAGGCCCGGGGCCGCCUGUGCCCGGCCCACGAAGAGCAGCGGGCAGCGAACGCCUCCGCGUCGUAUCGCGGCACCACGGCGGACGCCUCAGCUCGCGGGCCCACGCGGCACUCUCCGCGGCGAACAGGUCCAAGGGCCUCGCCGACCAGUUCUGCAAUGCCAUCGGCGUGCUGCAGCAGUGCGGGCCGCCCGCCUCCUUCAGCAACAUCCAGACGGCCAUAAACAAGGACCAGCCCGCCAACCCCACCGAGGAAUACGCCCAACUGUUUGCAGCAUUGAUAGCACGAACUGCAAAAGAUAUUGAUGUCCUGAUUGAUUCCUUACCUAGUGAGGAAUCGACAGCCGCUUUGCAGGCUGCUAGCCUGUAUCGAUUAGAGGAGGAAAACCACGAGGCAGCUGCCCGCCUGGAGGAGGUGGUUUACCGCGGGGAUAUGCUGCUGGAGAAGAUCCAGAGCGCGCUCGCCGACAUCGCGCAGUCCCAGCUGAAGACGCGGAGCGGGACGCAGAGCCAGCCCCUUGCAGACUCCUAGCACCAGGGGGCAGCGCUCGGCAGCGAAAC